UAGCUGCACGUAGCAUGUUGUUGCUCCUGAGUGAUUUAAAAACAUAAAAGCUUCCGAUAUUUAUAUUGACCUUUUUAAACUGCUAUACUCGCCUUUAAAAUGCAGUCCUACAUUCUGACUCUGGUCGUCAUAUCAACGAUAUUUUUACGCUUUGUAAAUUCACCUGAACCUGAAGCUUGUCUACCCCUAUCGUACUCUAGCGAUGAGCUGCUUCGCCUUCGGCCAGGAGCUGCCGGCAUUCCGCCGAGCGAUGACGUCAAGAACCUAUGCAUCAGCCAAGGCUGCUGGCGGAAAACUCAUCGGGGUCGAAGGGCGGGAAAGCGAGUACACAAACAUUCCAACAGGUGUGCAGGUGCGAAGACACGGAAUUCGCUCUCUGUGUGUUUGAUGAAUGCGAGAUCUAUUCGUAACAAGGCCGGUGAAAUAUCCGAUUUUGUGGAGGAACAUAGGUCAAACGAACCCUUCCUAAACACGUUGAAAUCAAAGACCACUUACACCAUAGAGAUGUUCGAAGAGAACCUCCGACAGCGCCCUGUUGUAGAGACUUCCAACUCUUUUCGUGUAUUUGCCAGAGCCCAGUGGCCGUGGAUGUCAGCCCUGUGCUAUCAUCCCAACGUCCAUUCUUUAGAAGGCACCGAGGAGGGCUUGGAAGCGCUGCGAGCUGUUGCAAAACAGCAAGAUGUUGAUCUCACCACCAAUGCUAAAGAACGGAUCGAAACCAGAAAUAAAAGACACACAGAGAACGUAAUGAGACGUGACGUUCUUCAAGGUCAAAAUUCUGCCUUGGGUGCCGUAUUGGAGCUGAUGGAUUUUAUAAUGCUGAAGAAAAAGUCUGAGAUAGAACAGAAGAACAAACGUCUUGUAGCAAUUACAGGAGAAAUAAUCUUGACCGCUGGCAAAAGGGAGAAUGCUCGAUUUGUAUCACGCAAUUUCAAAGAGCAAUUGAAGUCACUCCGCCAACACCUUAGUGACAAAGAGCAAGAACACCAGAAGGAGAUGGAGAUGCUAGAUAAAGAGAUAGUAGACCUUGAAUCUGAACUAGAAAGAGCUUAAUUAUGUUGAACCAUUGUUUUAGAUAUCAUAGACAAUGUUUUGUAUUGAAUUUUGACUUUGGUUUGGA